AUUUGUUUUUACAAACUGUAUACAUACAUAUAUAUAUAUAGAUAUAUAUAUAGAGAGAGAGCCCAUAUUUCUGAUAGAUUUAUCUAAUGGUUUCCGGAGCCUGUUGGCAUGUGGUGAUGCUGCUUUCACAAGCAAAUACCAGCUCAUUCUCAUUAUUACAAUCAUCAUUGCCAAUGACCCACCUAAGGAUUUUUCUUCUCUGAACUAUUUCUCAAGCCCUCAAACACUUAAACUACUUCCACUACUAGAUCUAUCAAAGCUUUGGUGUCAUUGUUAUUGUUAGUACCAAUCCUUAAUUGUCAGCUACCUAAGCAAAUGUGACAAAAGAUUUCUGAACCAACUUCUGUUCUGUUUAUAUCUUUGGGCUGAAACAUUUGAUUUGAGUCUUGUGAUCAUUUUUUUCUGAAGAGAAAAUGAAAACAAGACUAGACUUUUACUUAAUCUUCUCAGCCAUUUUGUUGGUUGGAACAAUCUCUACAAGUGUCACAGCAAAUAUAGAAGAAGAUAAACAAGCUUUGCUUGAUUUCCUUGGCAAUAUUUCUCAUUCUCAUUCUCUUAAUUGGUACAACAACACAACUGUAUGCAACCAUUGGAUUGGAGUCAUUUGCAGCAGUGAUCAGACCAGAGUUACAGAACUCCAUCUCCCUGGAGUUGGGUUCCGUGGUACUUUCCCAUCUAACACUCUAAGCCGCCUUUCAGGGCUUCAAGUAUUGAGUCUCAGACUCAAUAAGUUUUCAGGUUCUUUUCCAUCUGAUUUCUCCAAACUUGGAAACUUAACAUCCCUUUACCUUCAAUCCAAUAAUUUCUAUGGCUCUUUGCCUUUGGACUUUUCACCUUGGAAGAAUCUUUCAGUCCUUAAUCUUUCAGACAAUGGUUUUAAUGGGAGUAUUCCAUCUUCAGUUACCAACUUGACUCAUCUCACAGCUUUGAAUCUUUCCAACAACUCUUUUUCUGGUCAGAUUCCUGAUAUUAAUAUUCCUAGUUUAGAAGAGUUGGAUUUAUCCAAUAAUAAUCUCACAGGUAUUGUUCCAAGGUCUCUUAGAAGAUUUCCAAGUUGGGCAUUUUUGGGUAAUAAUAUUUCAUCAGAAAAUGCCACUCCUCCUUCUCUACCAGCUGAACCCGCCCCAUUUGCCAUUCCUAAUGCUCAUCACCAACCACCAAUGAAGAUGAAGAAACUCAGUCAGCCUGCACUUCUGGCUAUUGUAAUUGGGAGUUGUGUUGUUGUGUUUGCAAUGGUGGCUAUGAUGAUGCUCCUUUGUCGAUCCAACGGUGGAGAUCGAAAAAGUUCAGUUGUUGCUAAACCAAAUAAGAAAGAAAGCUCAUCAAAGAAAGCUGUGUCACUCUCUGAGAGCCAAGACAAGACAAAUAGACUCUUUUUCUUUGAAGGGUAUAGUUUUGCAUUUGAUUUAGAGGAUUUGUUGAGAGCAUCAGCUGAAGUUCUUGGUAAAGGAACUUUUGGGACAACUUAUAAGGCAGCCUUAGAAGACACAACCACUUUGGUUGUGAAAAGGUUGAAGGAAGUAACCGUGGCUAGACGAGAAUUCGAGCAGCAGAUGGAGAUUGUGGGGAAGAUAAGGCAUGAUAAUGUAGCUCCUUUAAGAGCAUAUUACUACUCAAAAGAUGAGAAACUCAUUGUGUUUGAUUACUAUGAACAAGGGAGUGUCUCAGCUAUGUUGCAUAGUAGAAGAGGAGAGGGUCAAGGAAGGAUUCCAGUAGAUUGGGAAACAAGACUAAGAAUUGCUAUUGGUGCAGCAAGAGGAAUAGCUCAUAUCCACACACAAAAUGGUGGAAAACUUGUUCAUGGUAACUUAAAAGCCUCAAAUGUCUUCCUCAACUCACAAGGAUAUGGUUAUGUCUGUGAUACUGGUUUAGCAACACUAAUGAACCCAAUGCCACCACCAACAGCGCGGUCAUAUGGAUACCGAGCACCAGAAGUAACUGACACCCGAAAAUCAACUCCAGCAUCAGAUGUGUAUGGUCUUGGAGUUUUGCUACUUGAGCUUCUGACAGGAAAGUCUCCAGUUCAUGCUACUGGUACUGAGGAGGUAGUUCACUUGGUGAGAUGGGUGAAUUCGGUGGUGAGAGAGGAAUGGACAGCUGAAGUUUUUGAUGUGGAACUUUUGAGGUAUCCAAACAUAGAGGAAGAAAUGGUUGAGAUGUUGCAAUUGGGAAUGAGCUGUGUGACAAGAAUGCCUGAAAGGAGACCAAGAAUAAGUGAUGUUGUGAGGAGUUUAGAGGAAAUUAGACAAGUUAACAGUGGAAACAGGCCAUCUUCUGAUAUUAAAUCAGAAGUUUCUUCUACUCCAAUGCCAACUCCAGAUGCUAUAGUUAGUCAUUCAUAAUAAUAAGAUCAUCUAUAUCAGUGAUUCAUUUCAUUCUAUAGUGUUACAUAUUUUUUCACUUAUUAAAAUUCAUUUCUUAUUGCUCAAAAUGGUUAUGAUUGAGAUUAUUACUGAAUGUUAUAAUAGCAGUAACUUUAGAAUCUAUUGUAUUACAAAUUCUGGCCUUUGAAUUGAAAUGUUGUGGAUUAACACAA